GUUUGACUUUGACAUUAGAUACGAGACGGAGAAGACGAGUUACGACAAAAGACAGCGGCUAAUAUUGUUGGCUUUGGCUUGGGUUUUUAUUGAUUUUCGAUAGUUUUCUAAAUUAGUGUGUAAAGUUUAUGAAUAAAAGUUUCCAUUACAAUGCUGUCCUUUCAAGAAAAAAUAUUCUUCUGCCUUUGCAUAUCAUUUGCCACAUUUAAAACAGUUUAUUCAAUAAACUGCUACCAGUGUUCAGGGACGGAUUCGAAUAAUCCUUUUCAGUGUAAUGAGUUUUUAGAGAACGACGUAGAUUUACAACCUACCGAUUGUGCGACGAUACACAACGCUCAGUAUUGUAUUAAGCACGUCGGCCGGUACGAAGGUCUAGCCAUAGAGUGUUAUCAAUGCAACUCUUCAUCGACUAUGGAAUGUGGUGAUGGAUUGAUGAACUUAGAUGGUGGUAUACUGAAGCCUACACCUUGUGACCAUGUGUACAAUGCUAUGUACUGCAUUAAACAAACAGGUGGUAUCAGCACAAAGAGGUUUUGUUCAUCAUUAGAUUUAGGUAAUUACUGCAACUAUGUGAAACAGCCGGGUGACAAACUGGAGUACAGAACAUGCAUAUUUACCUGUGGCAGUGACGGAUGCAAUGCUGCAACAAGCUUAAGUUUCUCUGUCCUCCCUUUAAUAUUACUUUUUGCAGCCACUUAUUUUAUGUAUAAAUUCUAAGCUUACACAUAUUUAAAUACAUAGAUUGAGCAUUCCAUUUUGAGCUGUCUAAUAACAUAUGUAUUGUAGACCAGUAUUUUUGUAGCAGCUAACUCCAGUGGCUAAAUGAAAAGAAUGUAUGUACAUAGUUUGUGUAAACUUAAAAAAUUCUGAGCUCUGGCUCAGAACUCCGUUGUGUUGUUUUAUUUUAACAUUAUAUUUUUUCUGUGCAAUGUAUCUUAUAUAAGUACUGACUAAGCAUUUGUCCGUCCAUUUUACAUUCCAAUUUAUAAUUAAGAACAAAAUGUGUUUGUAUGAAUUAUUUCAGAAGAUAUUUUACUUCGUUCAUUAUUGAAUCUCAUUUUUAGUUUCUGUUAUUGACUGACUAGUAAAUAAAAUGAAUUUGUAAUGCAUACAUAUUUUAUACACGUACGUAUUUUUGUACAAUAAAGUUUGAAUGAAACAAU